GCGAGCCCCCGCGCUCCGACUGCGACCAGGACCCGCCGGGGCGCGGUGGUGCCAGCUUCAGUGCUGACUGAGGAGGUCUGGAAGGAAGGGGCGGGCAAGGAGAGGCUGGAGCCACUGACACCCCCUCCUUCCCACGCUGCGAGCGCCCAGACGACGGCGAGAUGACCGUUGGGAGCCCGGGAGACUGUCAGGAGGCGCGGAGGAACCCCGAGGGCCGAGUCUCUCGCCUGGGCCGCCGCCUGGGCCGCCGCCGGCGCCCGCGUUCCCCGCCAGAGCCUCUGCGGGUUCGCGCUCGGCUACGGCUGCGCUCGCCGUCGGGGGCGUUCGCGGCGCUGGGGGCGCUUGUGGUGCUGGUGGGCAUGGGCAUCGCUGUGGCCGGCUACUGGCCGCACCGCGCCGGGCACCCGGGGCCCCGAGCCGCCAAUGCCAGCGGGCCCCUUAUGAGCGAGCUGCGACGCGAGGGUCGCGGCGCUGGCCGGGCCCAAGGCCCCCACGAGCGGCUGCGGCUCCUUGGGCCGGUGGUCAUGGGCGUCGGUCUGUUCGUGUUCAUCUGCGCCAACACGCUGCUGUAUGAGAACCGCGACUUGGAGACGCGACGACUCCGCCAGGGUGUACUGCGGACUCAGGCGCUCCGGCCCCCCGACGGUUCCGGCUGGGACUGCGCUCUCCUCCCCAGCCCCGGCUCCAGGACUCCCCGAGCCAUAGGCUAUGCAGAGCCAGAAAGCUGGGACCUGUCUCCCCACCGGGGUACCUCACCCGUCCCAUCAGUGCGGAGUCUGCAUUCAGAGCCUGCUAAUCCUCGCCUGGGGUUACCUGCCCUGCUCAACAGCUACCCGCUGAAGGGCCCAGGGCUUUCCCCACCCUGGGGUCCGCGGACCCAGACUGGCCACGUGAUCAUCACCAUGCAGCCCUCCAGUUCCUGCACUGAACAUUCCAAGUCUCUAGAUCUGGGCCUUGGAGAGCUCCUGCUUGGAGCCCCAGCAAUUAGGGACUGUGCUCACCGCAGCUGGCCAAGGCUGGACCGCCUCAGUCUGGGCAGUUAUGCCAAGUUGGCAGGAGGAGUGGAGGCCAGCCUGCUAUGAGGGUGCAGCAUGCACUGUGGUUAACAGGACCAGGAGUCCCAAUGUCCAGUAGAUGCUUCAGUCACAUCAGGGGGUAGGGAUGGAUGCUCCAGCCCCAGCAGCUGCAAAGGCAUCCUGACUUUGUGCAUGUCAGCAGUCAUGCCAACUGAACCAGGGUUCAUCUGAGCUGGAGACCAUGUUUUAAGGUGGAGUCUGGAAAACAGCAUGGCUAGGCUUCAGGAAUUCCUUCAGUCUCCAAACAUGGCCUUAGCUCUGAGGAGCUGGAGGUCCAAGCCAGGGUAAUUGAGAGAUGCACUUGGCAAACCCAAAGUGGUAGGCAAGGAUCCUUAAGACUUGGUGUUAUGGUUUGGGCCUCUGGGAAAGUGGGCCAUAGGGUGGCGCUAAGACCCUCUACUGCCAUCCAGGAUGGAGUCUGAGCCUUAAACUGCCACACCUCAACCCCAUUCUUCUCUCAGCCAUGCAGGGUACAUCCCACUAGGGCUACACUACUGCCACUGCCUUCAUUCUGAGGAUCUGGUCCUUUUCCAAAAGGGUUUGAGAAACCCCCUUCUCUCCUUACUUCAUCGCAGCCUAAGCUACAAAAUCUCCCUUCAGUUGGCAGGAGGCACUUGUCAGUUCUCAGAAAUCCUUUAAUACAGUGUUAAUGAUGGCUUGAGUGUAGGUCUCCUCCACCCAUUUUAAUUUUUCCCAAGUUGCUGGUAGGUAGAAGAGAACUUUAAAAGUAGGAAGUAGACCCUCACAGAGUCAGGUUUUUUUUUUUAAAGUUUAUUGAAAAAUGCAAUACAGGAAGCAAGACCAAACACAUAUCUAAACACUACAACCACUUCUCUUACUACAAAAGGUCAAAAUAGCAGACCUAAUCAUUGCCUAUUUAAUCUAAAGAUUUUACCGAUUUGAUUCUGCUGCCAUAGUACCUAUUCUGUCAAGAAAUGUAAACAACUACUUGAUAUGAUUCAUAAUUUGUAAAAAAUUUACAAAGCUCCUUCAUUUUUGUCACCAAAAUAAUACAUUUGAGAGAGAUCUGUAAAAACAAAACCAGCCUAGGGCUGACUCCUAGGCAGAGGUUUCCUGUGAGCAUCCCUUGGUGUUGGUCAGGCCACAGGUUCUGGCUCCGUUUCCAAGGGUGGGCUGUUGUCUCCCCACCUCCAGCUGCCUUGUAGAAUACGUGGUGGUACAGCCAGGGUUCAGGUCCUGCUUGGUGGGAGGGUGGGAGGCAAAUACCUCAUGUGGCUUGGAGGAAAUCUUUAUUUCUCAAGUGAAAAUAAAACUGCAGCGAGAGUUGUUA